CGUCACUUCCGCUCUCUACUAAGUAGAUUUCAUUUCAACAUUCGUCCUUUCAAGUAAUGGGGUUAUAAAGACUCAUUCCUCAACACAUUUGCUAAAUACCUACUGACAACUAGCAAGUUUUUCUUUCAUUCAACUUAUAAUAGACUAACCACUACCACCACAGUUCUCUACAACAAUCCAAACAGCCACAGAAUAUAUUAUAAUAACACAACAAACCGGACAAGACCAGACCAUACCAGACAAGGAAUUCCUCAACUAACACUGACGAACAGUUAUAUAUAUAUACAUAUAUGUAUAAACUUUGGUAUAUAUAUGUGUGAUUGUAUGUGUUGCUAGAUAGAUAUAUAAAUAUAUAUAAUUUAUUUAAUAUUAAGAAUAGUUAUAUUCAGGUUGAAGAAUAUAUUCAAUUGUAAUUCUUAAAUUCUGUGUUUUUUUUUCCUUUUUCCCCCACCCUUCCUCUUUAGUUUCUUUUCUUUUCUUCCCCCCUUCCUGUAUAUCCUGUUAUUCUUUUGAAAGUCACCAGGAAAAAAUCUAUACAUAUGUUCAUAUAUAUAUAUAUAUACCACAACACUAUGUAAUAGUUAAAGUACAACACCAUAUAUAAUCAAGCUACAAUACCACACAAUCUAGAUAUUUAAUUUAAAACCCCAACACUAUGAAAGUCACAGCCAUAUAUUAAGGUCAACCCUGUAUAUUGACCCUACCCCCAUACACUAAUUUUUUGUUGUCAACACACACCUAUAUAAUCACACGCAUAUAUAUCCAAGGAGUCAUUUGUAAAGAGCCAAAAUUUAAAAUCAUUUGGAGCUUGGAAAGUUUUUAAUUUUUUUUUUAAAGUUUUAUUUUUCCACAUUUAUAUAUAUAUAUAUCUACAUAUAUAUAUAGAUAUAUAUAUAUAUUUGUAUAUAUACACUCAGACACAGAGGGAAAGAAAAGCCAAGAUGACAGGCAAAUUGUGUGUAGCAGUAGUUUGUUCCAGCAACCAGAACCGGAGUAUGGAAGCACAUAGUUUUCUCAGCAAGAAAGGUUUCAAAGUUCGUUCCUUUGGUACCGGGUCCCAGGUGAAGUUACCAGGCCCCUCUCCCGAUCGUCCAAAUAUCUAUGACUUCAACACAACCUAUGAUGAAAUGUAUAAAGAUUUGAUGCGCAAGGACAGUGAAUUAUAUACACAGAAUGGAAUUCUCCAUAUGCUUGACCGUAACCGGAGAAUAAAACAGCGACCUGAGCGGUUUCAAAAUUGUCAUGAACAGUUCGAUGUGAUAGUAUCGUGUGAAGAGAGAGUAUACGACCAGAUUCUAGAAGAGCUGGAAAGUCGAGAGAAAGAGGACAGUUAUCCAACUCACAUCAUUAAUAUUGACAUUCAAGACAACCAUGAAGAGGCAACAAUUGGCGCAUUUAUGAUCUGUGAUUUAAUUUCAAAGGUAAGGUAACUUUGUAGUGUUUCCU